AUGCAUUUCUCUGCUAUCAGGACCGCGUCAGCAGGACUGCUUGUCGUUGGUGCUUCUGCCCAACUUUACCCCGAUCAGAGCCCUCUGAACCAUACUUGUGCGCUUCAAGAACCGCUGCUCUCAUGUCCUCCACAGUCUCCUUUGGACGUCGAUUCCUGCUGCGUCGAGACAUUUGGUGGCCUUGUCCUCACCACACAAUUCUGGGACACCUACACUGGACGUGAAUGCGAUGGUCAGGUUCUCCCCAAGGACGUCUGGACCCUCCACGGCCUCUGGCCUGACUUUUGCAACGGUAGCUACACCCAGUACUGCGACUUGAACAGACAAUACGAUCCUAUUCCAUCGCCCAACACCACUAAUGGUCUUCCCAACGGUACCGUCGUCAAGCCUUACAACGGCCCCAACAUUGGUACUUUCUUGGAGCCCUUUGGCAAGUUCGACUUGCUUGAGUACAUGAACACCUACUGGGUCGCUCAGAACCAGGACAACGCCGGAUUCUGGGGCCACGAGUUCUCCAAGCACGCAACUUGCUUUUCCACCUUCAACACCCCCUGUUACGGUCCGCAGUACCGUGAGCACGAGGAAGUCGUCGAUUUCUUCGAGACCGCAAUCAAGUACUACAAGCGCGUUCCCACCUUCAAGUGGCUCGCCGAGGCCGAAAUCACACCCUCCAACACCACUCAGUACAGCUACACUGCCAUCCGCGACGCAUUGAGCUCGCAGUUCGGUAGUGUUCCCUUCAUCGGAUGCUCUGGACCAAGGUACAACACCACCGACGCCGGAAAGGGCAGCACUGAUGCCGGAUAUACCAAACUCACCGAGAUCUGGUACUAUGAGCACGUUUAUGGCCGUCCCCAGGAGGUCAACACAAUCCCCGUCAAUGCCAGUGCUACCUACUUGACCAACUGUGCUAAGGUUGACGGUGCCAUCUGGUACCACGAGAGGUCUGAGGGAUCCGAGAAGUUGCCCACAGUGCCCUACUAA